GGGCGCAGUCAUUGAAAAUAUUAUAUCCUCGUCGUCGAAAUUUGACGAAGAAUACAAAGAAAAUGCAUAUAGACAAUUAUUAUAUAAAUAUAUAUUAAAUCCAGUAAAAAUGGAGCAUACAAUUUAUGAAAGUGGACACGAUGAUGAUUAUUAUAAGAAGGGUAAUUAUGCAAAGAAAUAUCAAAUUGCACAAGGUCAUGACACUGUCGCUGCCAUUUGUGACAAUAAAACGAACAACAACACUUGCAACAGUACAAUAAAACUUAUUCAUUGUGAAUAUAUGGAUAUGAGUGUGGCACGUGAAGCCGGUGGCCUGUUGACUAGUGUUAAAGAUUUUUAUUUAUGGCUCGAAGCACUUUUCGGUAGUACAUCGUCAAAACAUUUAAUUAAACCUAUUCUUCUAAAACAAAUGAUAACGCCGUCCCGCGUAUCCAGAAAAAAUCCGUAUGGUUGGGAUGGCUAUGGCUAUGGUCUGGCAAUUAGUGACGAUGGUAAUGUCAUAGAACAUAGUGGUGAAGUGUAUGGUUUCGAAACAUAUUUUAAACGUUUAAUGGAAGAACAGAUUAAUAUUAUUCUAUUUUCAAAUAUAUUUGAAGGUCCAGUUGGCGAUUACGCCGACCAUAUACAAAAUAUAUUAAUCACAACUGAAGAAGGUGAAUUUGAUGCGCACAUACUUCGGCAACGAUUUAAUACAACAUUGAAAACAAAAAAAAGAUUUAAAAAUAAAUUUGUAUCAUAA